UUCUCAUCAUUUUCUUCCUUGCUCGAAGCUGGCCUCACCUUCACUCACUCGAGAACAAAACCUCCCACCAUUUUAGAGACACUUCAACACAUUUUCAACCCACUUUAGCAGACUCUUAUCAUCCGCCAUGGCGAGUGCGACUACGGAGGAAAAGCUGUCCUAUGUGAUGACAGUCCUGAUGCACACUGAUAUGGGCAAACCAGAUUACCGCGGCGUCGCUGAAGAGCUCGGCAUCAACACCGCUGGGAACGCUCAGAGGAGAUUCCGGUCCAUUGUCAAAAGCGCUGGGUUUGAUCUCGUGAAAGAUCGUAUCGUGAGCGACUCUGGUAGCGGUAAUGCAGCUUCAACCGGCGACACCCCGUCUCCAGCAAAGAAGAGUGGCGGAAAGGCGAGCGCAGGUGCUGAGGCGAAGAAGACACCCGCAAAGAAGACUACUGCAGUCCCAGCGACAAACAAGAAGAGAAAGAUCGCGGCUUCGGCUGGAAAUGCCGGCACGGAUGAAGAGCAAGACGUAAUCGAGAAGGUCAAGGAGGAACGCGAAACUACACCUGCGGCGGGCGAAAACAGUCUUGGUGACUAGGCAGCUCUGCGGUCCACACUCGAGGUGACUGACAGGCACGGAGAAGAGAUGAUCUUUGAGAGUUGCGCAAGAGCUGGGCUUGACAGGUGACGAAUGAUGCGCUGCGAGGUCGUUGAGCGACAACAUCUAAGCUCUCAGCAACCAGGAUAUGUGAGCAGGCAAGAGCAGACGCGAUGUCAAUGUGAG